CCCCUCCCCGUUCGCUCGCGCUCAACCUCUCCGCCCAGUCAUUCAUUCAUAUUUGGUCUUCCGGAAGUAUCUCAGGGUCGGGCCAGUCAGUGCCUGCGCGAGCUGACUCGUGGGAUUGAUUGAUGCCUUAGAGGAGUAGAAGGUCCUGACUGAUGGCAGUGCCAGUGACAUGGGUGAAAAUCAGCAGUUACGUCAGAUGGGCAAACAAAUGGAAAAGAGGUUGCUAUGCGCAAACAACAAGCAUUGGACAGGAUAGGUGAGACCAUUCCACAUAUUAAGUGGACUGACCUUUCUGCAACCAAAGAUUGCCAAAUGUCUGUGGGUCAAGAGGGCGAGUUAUCAGACGAGGGGCUCUCAUUGAGGACUGAAUCUAAGAACAAAGAUGCAUUUCUUGUUCCACCACAAGAGCAGACAGAAGUUGUAAAGGAUUACAGCAAGCAGAACUCUGUGAGCAGUGAGCAGAACUCACCAAAAUAUGAAUCAGAUUCAAACCAGACGAGUCUUUGUGAAAACCAGACUGUUAAAAAUAAAAUUCUUACUUUUGAUGAGAAAACAAGGAGUCUACCAACAAACAUGCAGCUGAUACCCAAGAUGGAGUCUGAUAAUGCUAGGACUGAAGUUUGUGAAGUACCAACCAAAGCUACAAACAUUGCUAAGAUCUCAACCAAUGAUUUACUAGAGAUUAAGGUUCAACGACAAUCUAUUUUAAAUAAAGGUUUCCAUAAUGAUAAACCACCAUCACCUGCCGAAAACAACUGCAAAAGCAAGGAGUUGUGUACCCAUAAUAAGACGCAGGUUGUUGAUGUGGCACAUGCGAGAGAGAGUAAACUUGGGAUGGACAUAAAUGCAAACAAAGAAAGAUUAGAAUAUAGUAAAGACUGCAUUGAAGAAUAUAAAACACAAAUUCUAUGUAAUGUAAGAGAGGAGAGACUUGAUUUUGGAAGGAACACGGCAAUGAGUGCAGGAGAUUUUUUGGGACAAAAUGAAGGGGAUGAGGUAUUAGAUUUAAGCCUCCCAAAAAAGAAAGAUCGAAGUAAGGAGAGGCAGAGUGAAUGGGUUGUAGACCCUGAAUAUGAAGGUUCACUUCAUAUGGAAGUUGAUGAAAUUGAGGAUGAGCCUCAACAUGUAGAAGUGGAGCAGGAGGACGAUAAUGAAAUGUGCUGGAUUCCAUUAGUAAGUGAAAGUAAUACAUAUCUCCCACAGUAUUGGGAUGGACAUUUGUCCUCCCCUUCGAUUGAAGCCAUGCCAAAUCCUUCAUACCCCACCAUCAUAACCCCAGAUCCGAUGGAUACACUACUUAUAGAUGACCAGGGCAUUCCUUACACACUCACCCCAGAUGGGCAGAAAGUCCCACAAAUUGACAAUAUACAAAAUGCUGAGGGGCUUUCUGAACAAACGGCUCGAAGCCCAAGGCAAGUUGAAGAUAAGCCCUCCUCUUUUGCUGAUGUACAGGAAAUUGCAGACUCAAGACUGCAGACACAACCCAAUUCACUGUGUACAAAUAUGUCUCUAGGUCAUGUCUCAGUGGAAACCUCACAAGUUGCCCCAAACCUUGAGCCAAAAUCUUCUUACCGUUCCGUAGCUCUAGCAAAAACCUCCAUCAUACCUGCUGUGUCUGACUUGGCAUCAGUUCCCAUUCAGAUUGUGGCUAAUACUACAGGGUCAAACACUCCCAUUCUUCUUCUUCCUCCAUCUCAGCUUCAGUCGCUUUCCUCAUCAGCCUCUAAGGCUAACCCAGGGCUAAUUACCCUUUCUUUACCGAUUCCUCUUAGUCAGAACACUCAGUCCUCCCCCAUGUUUCUAGUUUUGUCAUCUCCUCAGGUGUCCUCAACUCAGAGUUCGUCCUCGCCUGGGCAAUUAUCUCAAAUUUCCUCCUCCUCCACUGCUGCACUUCCCUUAGCUACUUGUCCACUUGAUUUGGGAUCUACAUUAAGUUCACGUCCGUCACUUCUCAGCCUCAGCACGGUUUCCUCUGCCACCGCUACAGACAUCUCAGGAUUGAAUAACCCCUCUAAUCUUCCUGCUAGCCCUACCUCAUCAACUGCUUCCUCUAGCACUUCCACAGUGACCUCUACAAGUCCAACCAAGCAAUUCAGCACUGAUGCCUUCUCUGACACACCAGUGCCCACUUCCUUUCGGGAGGCUCUUCUCAGAUUGGCUGUGUCUGUGGAGAAGAAACAAGAAAACCAGCCUGAGAUGCAUUCGGUCACUACUCCUUCCUCGUGUUCUGAAGCAACUAAGUUGGAUUCCUCUGCCACAGUACAUGACAGUAAAAACCAUGAGACAGAGGUAAACUGUGACGGUGAGACUGAGUCUACCUCAGUAGACCAAACCGACUCAUUAGAUACCAUCUCUUCCACAUCACCCCUUCGUCCCAUAUCACCUGUAAUUCCCAUCAAUCACCCAAAGAACCAAGACCCGCAAGCAUUAGGCCCACGUCGCAUUCUUUACUGUCAGUACUGUCCGCGGGUCUUCUACUAUCUUUCUGACCUUGAGCGCCAUUCCAUCACACACUCUCAAAGCAAACCCCACGUAUGUCACCUUUGUGGCAAGGCGUUCAAAAGAUCAAGCCAUCUUGAGCGACACAAACACAUUCAUACAGGUCAGAGAAACUUUGUGUGCCAGCUUUGCCCAAGGCGUUUCCGUGAAUCAGGGGAGCUAUUGAGACACCAGAGAGUACACACCGGUGAGAAACCUUUUCAGUGCUUAAUAUGCCACAUGCGUUUUGCGGAGCGCAACACACUGCGACGUCACACAAAGCGCAAGCACCAAGGCCAGCAUUUGGAGGCGAUGGACAUAAAGGUGAAGCCAGAAAGUGGAGGGAUUUCCCUUGCUGGUAUACAAGAAGAGUCAGAAGAGAAUGCCGAGUGGUACAGUUCAACAGUUCCUGAAAUCGAGUCCGACAGUGACACGGGGGAAGAAUGAACUACGCGAGGGCUUGAACAAAUACAUUUUCUUUUUUAAAAAGUUUCAAGAUAAGCAUAGUUGUAAAUACGUUUAAUUUAUUCUGUAUUGAUAUAAAAAUUCCUUACUUCUCACUAGUCUCAUAUAAUUGUCUAUAUUUCAUUCCAUUAACUCUCGAGACCUUUACUGGUGAUGACUGAACCCUGCAAUAUUCAUUUCAAAUUCAUUCUAAUAAGCUUUAGUUAUUGAGAUAGACCUCUUCAUAAAAAACAACAACAUUUGUUUUAAUUCUUCAUCUUGAAUAACUUUGAAUUACCAUUAUUUGCUACUUAUUUAUUGUUCUCAUUUCAGUUUUUCACAUGUACAGCUUUCAAGGGUGUGAUGUAGUUAUUGUAAAAGACUAUAGAGACUUAUUAUCAAUAUUUAUAAUUUUAUAUUAUGAUAUAUUGAAGUAAUGACACAGUGACAAGGAGUUGCCUAGAUCAGUGCAUCAGUGCAUCUCUAAAUCAUGAUGAGGCCCACAGAUUUUGUGGCCACAAAACUCAGCAGAUUUCCACAGAAUUGGAACAUACGUCAUUCUCAAAGUUCUAAACAUCUUCCACUCCUUUCAUGCUCAAUUAUUAUGUAUGGAUAAUUUGAUCAUGUUUUGAUGCUUCAUUUUUCUUGUCUUGUCUUUCAAACAUGUUCAAUGCAAGCGCAUUGCGACUGAUUUGUGAUACUCCACCUGACCUGCAGAGGACAGUAUGGUGUUGUGUUUUCAUUAUACUCUUUCAGACUUGAGUUCUAAUGCUGUGUUCUUCUGACCUGGCUACUGUUGUCACAAGUACCUUUGUCUUUUGUUGUUUUUAUUGGCAUUUUUUGUCAUCUUCUUUGACUAGUUCUUAAAGCAACAGGUUGGGCUAUGAGAGUGGCUGCCAAGUAAUGAAUGCAUUCAAUUCCACCCACAUGACGGGUCGUUUACAGACACGCUCGUGUAUGUAUGAAAAAAAUGUACAAAUUUACUAUGGAAAAGUGAAGUAGUAUUCCUUUAAAACAUUUUAUUAUGCUUUCUGUAAAAUCUAUUUUACAUCUGCAUCUAUUCUGCAGAAUUCUACAGAUUUCCCCCAAAAAUGCAAAAAAAAAAAAAAAAAAAAAAAUGCUUCUCAUUACUCAAGUUUUAUAUUUCAUAACAUUUUCAGAUAUUAUGCAUCAUAAAACAUUUUUCUUUGUGUUCAUUUUGGUUUCUCUCUCGGCAAUGUUUCCAGAAGGGAGAAUUUAUGGUCACCUUAGUAUCUACAUUCUUUUCAAAAUUGAACUUGAACUAUUUGGUUUAUAAACUCUUUUCCUUCUUCAGGGGCCGGUUUCAUUUUAUUAGCUUGAAAUUAUGCUUUUCAUCUGGACAAAGUUUUUACUUCUUCUCUUGAUAGGUUGUCAGACAGCUGUUACAAAUUGUUGCAGAAAGUUUUUAUUAGAAGUUCAUCUGGACAUGUUCUUUCUGAUAUGAUAUAAUUUAAUUUAUUAAAGACAAGUUCUCAACUUUGAGUUGAAGUUUUCAAAUUUGAACUUUGGUUUAACUUAUUAGUUUUUUUAAAAUUCAGUUCUCUGUUUGAUAAGUUAUAUAGCUUGAAAAAACAUGCUUGAAAAAAGGUUUAACCCCUGCUGAUUAAUUUAUGUAUACGUAAUUUGCCAUGUAAAUAACCAAGCAUCAUGCACGGACUGGACACCUUGGCCAAUCUAAAAUUCUGUUGGUUAAAUUUUAGAUUUGAUUAAGAAUCUGAAUAUUUACACACACUAAUUAAAGUGUGUCAAGCCCUUUUCUUUUCCGGUGGUUCCCAUGCUUAAUUAACUUUGCUUAGGCUCAUGGCAGCACAUAUUCUGCAUGCUGUGGAAGCGUACAGCUGCUGAACAAUAUCACUUAAUUUGAUUUGCAGAGUUGUUUACAUAUUACUUUAUUCAUAUAUGUUCAGAUUGGUUUAGUGUUUUAUUGAGCACAUUUCACAGUAGAUUUACCAUGCAUUUCAUAAAUGUUAAGUUCCUUCUUAUAAUUUAAAGAUGAAUGCUCAGUGUGUUUAACUAACUAAGAACAAUCAUGCACCAAUGAGAAUUAUUUAUUUAUGGUGAAAAUGUAUAUAUUUAAAAUGGUGUAUUAUGUCACAGAACACUUAUAUAUUUAAUACACGAUUUAAAAAUAAGACUGAUGCAGAUAUUUAAACAGCCUUCUGUAACCUGUCACAGGAUUUUGAAUAAAAUGAAUCAAAUCGAAA